UCCAUCAACAUUCAACGACAAAUUAUUAAAACGCCCUCUGCAAAAAACCGUGCAGAAAACCGUCCACAAUCACAGCCCCAGCUCCUGCCACCUCCUGUUUUCCCCUGCCAUAUGCCUCAGAAUGAAGACACAGUACUUGUCCAGCCAUCAACAUCGGCUACACCACCAAGGGCCCUUACCCCUGUGCAAUCUGGCCGUGAUCACAUCAUACUGCGGGCACUGGAGGAGCUGAAGGUGCAGGUUCGACAGAACACCCUGCUUUUGCAGGCUCUUACUAGCAGACAACCGGUCCAGAACACCAGCCAGUUGUCUGAAGAGUACAAAUUCCCAAUGACCUGUGAUGAGGACCUCACAAGAGUUGAGAAGUUAUUAGACAAACCACAAAAGAAAGCCCUGACUGCAUACCUCGCAACACUGGGAGGUUGCAACCCCGGGGAUGUGGUAAGGCGAAUGCUGCGCCACAUCCUGGAUGACGAAUUCGCACAGCAAUUCAACUGGCUGGGGCGAGGGGGGAGAAAGAAGGCUUUUUCAGCCUUUAAGAUUACUGCUGUGAUACGAGGUGCAUCGGCUGUUCAGAAAAUAACCGCCAGUGACUGUGAGGCAGUCAUGAAAAACUGGCUGAAGUACAGUGGUGACAGGAGUGGAGGGAGAAAGAGGAGAGCUGGGAGACAGCAGGGAGGUGAUGAUACAGUGUCCAGGGACGACAGCAGCAGCAGCAGCAGCAGCAUGGAUGAUGACGACUUUUAAGUUAUUUAUUUAUUUGUUUGUUUGUUUGUAUUGUUUAUAAUAAAUUAUAUUGUUACCUGUAGGUUAUAACUGCUGUCUGUUUUAAUUGCUUAUGACAUUUAAGCUAUGAAUGGACUUCUGUAAGAUCCUAGAAGCUCAAAUAUCAUGCUUAUAACUAUAAAAGGAAAAAACAUGGCUAAAGUUGGCAAUUGGUUAUAAGCCAACGUUGGCAAUUGGUCAUAAGCCCACCGAGUUAAUGACUGUCAAAAAUGACGUUGGCCCAAAGUCAUGCCAACGGCUGCUAUACCG